CGAAGAGAAUAUGAACGAAUUAAUUAAACCAACAACCAAAUAUUUACGAAACACUAAACAAGGAGGAGAAGCCACCGAAUUAUUAGCCACUUUGGAGGAUAAAAGUGUUAGUUUGGUGUUUUUUGACCCUCAAUAUGAAAAAGCGGGAGAUGUUUUGGAUGUCGAUUAUCCCUUACAAUAUCAAACCGAAAACCAAAUCACCCACAUUAUUAAGGAAAUCAGCCGAAUAUUAAAGCCCUCGGGAUUUUGCUUGUUCCCCCAAGAUGAAAAUAGUGGAUUUGUUAGCAUGGGUUCUUAUUUUCGGAGUGUGGGUGAGUUUGCUUUUCUUUGCCAAAAAAAUCCCCAAAGCAGUCGGAAAUUUGCUAAUCGAACUUUCCCUAGUAUUUGGACGGAAAAAAAGCCUUCCGACACUAAAAAACAGCACCCUCAUCAAAAGCCCUUUUUCCUUAUUCGCACCUUAAUUGAAGCCACCACCCAAGAAGGAGAUUUAGUUGUCGACCCUUGUGCUGGCUCCUUUAUUGUUUUGGAGGCUUGCCAAUUGACUGGUCGGGAGUUUCUGGGCUGUGAUUUGACUUUUGAGGAAUUACAAGAAAACAAUUAUCACCAAAAGCCCAAAGAUAACAACAUCCAGACCCCGUUAGAAGUAAGUGUGUUUAUUUUUGAUUUGCUUAAAGAUAAAAUCCCCGAAGGAGUUGUUUUAGACCCUUGUUGCGGCAUAGGGAAUUUGUUGAGACCUUGGCAAAGUUCUAUUUUUGAAACUUUUGGCAUUGACAUUGAUAAAGAAAUUCCGAAACCAUGGCCCAACAUAUUUUGCGAUUUCUUUGAGUUGGAAAAAGGACACUGUGAAGAUAA